UUUGUCAGUUUAAUUCAGACUCAAAAAUGGCUCUGACGUCGGGUGUUACGUCUCUUCCCACUAACUAUGAGUACUAUACCGCAGAUGGCAUUACCCAGGGACUUAAUGCCAAUCAAAGUUUCUUCACUUUAAAUGACAAAUUGAUUCACAUUUACAGUGGAGCUAUGCACUACUUUCGGGUACCUAGGGCCUAUUGGAGGGAUCGACUGAAGAAAAUUAGAGCGGCAGGACUGAACACCGUUGAAACUUAUGUACCAUGGAAUUUACAUGAACCAGAGCAAGAAAAGUAUGACUUUGGAAGUGGAGGCUCGGAGUUUGAAGACUUUCUACAUUUGGAAGAGUUUUUAAAUACGGCAAAAGAGGAGGAUCUUUUUGUUAUAUUACGUACCGGGCCGUACAUCUGUGCUGAAUAUAAUUUUGGAGGAUUUCCCAGUUGGUUACUAAGGAGCACAGAAAUGGGAUUUAGAACGGCCGAGCCGACGUAUAUGAGUUACGUUACAAAAUAUUUUAACGUGCUCUUGACAUUGCUAACGGCCUUCCAGUUUACCAAGGGUGGUCCGAUUAUAGGCUUUCAACUUGAAAAUGAAUACGGCAACUUCAACUAUAAUAACAGACAAACACAUUUGGAGCAACUAAGGCAAAUUUUCCUUCAAAAUGGAAUAGUGGAAUUACUGAUGACGUCGGAUAGUCCUAGUAGGGGAACAACAGGAACCUUACCGGGUGAAGUACUUCAAACGCUCAACUUUGGAUCUGAUGCCCCCGAUCACCUCGCAACACUUGAAGAAUUACAACCUGGUAGACCGCAGAUGGUUAUGGAGUUUUGGGUUGGCUGGUAUGACCUUGUCGGUUCAGGCAAUCAUGCCAGAAAAUCAGACAAAAUUUGCAGAACCAUCUUAACGGAUAUUUUAGAGCGGAAUGCUUCUUUUAAUAUUUACAUGUUCCACGGAGGUACCAAUUUCGCUUUUAACAAUGGAGCCAGAUAUACUAAUGGUUAUAGUGCUGUAACUACUAGUUACGACUACGACGCUCCCAUAUCUGAAAGUGGAGCUUACCGAAGCAAAUAUGAUAUGGUAAAAGAACUCGUCGCUGCGUACAAUCCUGUGAAGACGUUUACUCCUGAUCCUCCAGUCUAUGAGCCACCCACAGCCUACGAGAGCAUUAAAAUUGAAGAAACCAUAUCAUUUUGGGAAUUGCUACAAUCAAAUAGUACAGGGAAAACUUUCAGUAGUGAACAGUUGAUUCCGAUGGAAUUAUUAAAUAUGAACAAUGGUGCUGGACAAAGUAAUGGCUAUAUAGUUUAUAGAGCUGAAGGGAUUGAUUUGGAAGAAAAUUCUGUUUUGAUGAUCGAAGGACAUGUCUGUGACGCAGUACUCCUGUUAGUUAAUGGAGAACUGAUAGCUCCUAAACAAUUAAACUCUUCAUCAGAUUUCGACGGUUUCGGAUUUUACAGUCUCGUAAAUUCAUCUGUAGUACUGAAUACUAAAGCGUUAAAAAAAGCAACUAUAGACUUGAUAGUUGAAAAUAUUGGCAGAAGUAACGGAGCCAGCACUGAAAUGUACAAGCAAUCAUUCAAAGGACUUUGGCAAGGAAAUGUUACUAUUAACGGUACAAUAAUAUCCAGUUGGACAAUCGUUCCAUUUGAAUUAAAAAAGCAGUGGGUUAAUGGUCUGGCAAUGUCAGAGUUUGAAGGUGAUUUAAGAGGUCCUGCUAUGUUUAGCUCUACUUUAACUAUUACAGACGAGCCUAACGAUACUUUUAUUGAUAUAAGAGCUUGGGGUAAAGGUAUUGUAUUUGUCAAUGGUUUCCCUUUGGGAAAAUAUGCCUCUAUUGGACCAGAUUUUACUCUAUAUUUACCAGCACCGUUUUUGGUUAAAGGCGACAACCAAAUAAUCUUUUUAGAACAUUUCUCUGCUCCAGAAAGUGCUGAAAUUAUUUUCACUGAUAAACAAAUAUUUGUGUGAAUUUUGUAAUAUGAUUACAUAGUAUGAUUUUAUUUAAUAA